AUCGAACUUUACUUAGAAAUGAAGGUGGGGUGUCGUAAAGAAUAAACGAAAGAAUGACUGUGUAAAUAAAUAUGUAACGACUACUUGAGCACGCUCGGUGUCUUGUUUGCAUAUAAGGGGGGAUGGAGGGGGAACCUGUCUCAGGUAUAAAUUCCAGUGAAUGAAUUCAGUAAAUCACAGAACGCAAAGUGUGAAUCCAUGUCAUCUUAAGAGAAGCAAUUAAUAAGUAUAUCUGUUGACAAAAGGACCAAAAUAAGAACUCCGUAAAUAAUAGAACCUUACCUUAAAAAAGGUCUGUAUAAUGGGUCAGCGGACAUCAAAACGUAGUCGUGAGGAUUUGGAAGACUUACCACAAGGUCGGUUUUCUGUAAGUGAUGAGGCCCCUCCAAGAUACUCUUACUGCAGAGGCGAUGGUCACAGCAACAGUGCAGCCAGUUUUUAUAGCAUCAACCACAGCGAUGGCCCAGGAUUCCAAAGCCGUGUCACUACUGCAUCCGAGGCUUCCGACCAGACGCCUGAGAGGAAGGAUUCCCGGCAGGAGUUACGCCAUCCAUCCAUCUAUAGUAACAUAGAUGCUGUGCCACAACUAGACUUCUACACCAACACAACUGCUGCUGGCAGGGUUCGACGAAGCAGACCUUCUCUGGAGAAUCUUCGAAAGGAUGUGGAGCUGAGCAGCCAGCCUGUUUUUGUGGAAACAGGAAAUGCUCCUGUUCCAGAAUUGGGUCAGCAAGGCGUGAAUGGGAGCCAGAAGCCGAAGGCUCAGCCGGUGCGCUUUGGCUGGAUUACUGGUGUCAUGGUCCGCUGCAUGCUGAAUAUCUGGGGGGUCAUUCUGUUCCUGCGAUUGCCCUGGAUCACGUCCCAAGCUGGCAUCCUUUUCACUUGGCUCAUCAUCUUCAUAUCCGUCACUAUAACCUCAAUAACUGCCCUGUCUGUCUCCGCUAUCUCCACCAACGGCAAGGUCUCCUCAGGGGGCACCUACUUCAUGAUCUCUCGAACUCUCGGCCCUGAGAUAGGAGGUCCUAUCGGUAUGGUCUACUCCUUUGCUAAUGCACUCGCCUCUGCCUUAAACGCCGUUGGUUUUGCUGAAACUGUCCGUGAUCUUCUCAGAGACUAUAAUGCGACCAUUGUCGACCCAGUCAACGAUGUGAGGAUUGUGGGUGUGGUCGCCAUCACUGGGCUACUGCUCAUUUCACUGGCUGGCAUGGAGUGGGAAUCCAAGGCACAACUUUUGUUCUUCGCCAUCCUCAUGAUCUCAUUCGUCAACUAUUUAGUGGGAACUCUGAUUCCAGCCACCCAACAAAAACAGGCCACUGGCUUCUUCGGCUACAACAAUGAAAUUUUUCUCAACAAUUUGAUGCCAAACUGGCGAGGACCAGAAGGAAGCUUCUUACAGAUGUUUGCUAUCUUCUUCCCCUCUGCUAUUGGCAUCUUGUCUGGUGCCAACAUUUCUGGAGACCUAAAGGACCCCGAAAAAGCAAUCCCAAGAGGCACACUGAUGGCCAUUUUCUGGACUACUGUUAGUUACCUGUGCAUAUCUGCUACUGUUGGGGCUUGUGUGGUGCAAGAUGCCUCAGGGAAUCUGAAUGAUAAACUUUCAGAAAAUGUCUCAUGUGAAGGCCUGGCGUGCUCUUUGGGCUGGAAUUUCUCUCAGUGUGAGGUGUACCAGAAUUGCUCGUAUGGGCUAGCUAACAACUUUCAGGUCCUUGCAAUGGUCUCUGGAUUUAGCCCACUUAUUACUGCGGGGAUAUUCUCUGCCACCUUGUCCUCUGCUCUUGGCUUCAUGGUCUCUGCUCCCAAGAUCUUCCAGUGUCUAUGCAGAGACAAUAUCUACCCCUACAUUGGCUUCUUUGCCAAAGGUUAUGGGAAGAAUCAAGAACCCCUCCGUGCCUACAUUCUCACAUAUUUUAUUGCUGUGGCUUUCAUUCUCAUUGCUGAACUGAAUUUCAUUGCUCCCCUCAUCUCCAACUUCUUUCUCUGCUGCUAUGCCCUCAUCAACUUUAGUUGCUUCCAUGCAUCUAUAACCAACUCCCCAGGCUGGAGACCUUCAUUCCGAUACUACAGCUGCUGGGUAGCACUGUUUGGGGCAGUCAUUUCUAUGGUACUCAUGUUCCUGUUAACUUGGUGGGCAGCACUUGUGACCUUCUGCCUCAUUCUCUUCCUUCUGGGAUAUGUAACCUACAAGAAACCAAAGGUGAACUGGGGCUCGUCAGUGCAGGCAGGGACAUACAACAUGGCCCUAUCCUACUCUGUUUCUCUCUCAGGGGUGGAGGAUCACAUCAAGAACUUCAGACCCCAGUGUCUCGUUUUGACUGGACCCCCAAAUCUGCGCCCAGCAUUGGUGGACUUCGUAGGGUCCUUUACUAAGAACAUCAGUCUGAUGAUCUGUGGGGACAUUUUCAUGGAGGACGACAAGUCGGCCUUGCCUCAUCGCAACACCGAAGUGCAGGUCAAAUGGCUGAACCGGCGGAAGAUUCGCGCUUUCUACACUCCAUUUGUUGCAUCAAACCUCAGGGAGGGUACUCGCUGCCUACUGCAGGCCACCGGUCUGGGUAAACUGAAACCUAAUACUCUAGUAAUGGGAUUUAAGAACAGCUGGCAGGAGUGUUCCCCCAAUAUCCUGGAGGACUAUGUGUGCACCAUAAAUGACACAUUUGACUCCAACUAUGGUGUGUGUCUGUUGAGGAUGAUGGACGGUCUGGAUAACUCGGAUGAGAUCGAUGGUAAAGUGAACUCAGCCUUAGAGAUGGAUACAGAAGAGAUGGGGCAUCAAAAGCACAAGAGUCAAGAAGAUGAUCAAGAUGACAUAGGAUCUGAUGUGGUUCCCAGUAAGCAGGUCCGUACAGUUUUCCAGAGCAAGCAGGGCAAGAAGACAAUUGAUGUGUACUGGAUUUCAGAUGAUGGAGGCCUCACUCUUCUGGUACCCUAUCUGUUAACUCGAAGGAAGCGGUGGCGUCAAGCUAAGGUGCGUGUCUUCAUUGUGGGUGACGUUCACAACAUGGAGGAGCACCGCAAAGAGAUGAUCUCACUUCUUCGAAAGUUCCGUUUGGACAUCCAUGAUGUGAUCGUUAUGACAGACAGUGAACGACCCCCCAAUACCAAAAACAUGAAGCGCUUUGAGGAAACUCUUGCCCCCUUUAGACUGCGAGAUGGACUGCAGGAUGAAGCUGCUAUACAGGAGCUGAAAAAAGAUUGUCCCUGGAAUGUGUCUGACAGAGAUCUGGAAGCACUGAAGCUUAAGUCUGAGAGAAAGGUGAGGCUGAACGAAAUAAUUCGAAAGAACUCCGGUCAGGCAGCCCUGGUCUUAAUGACCUUACCAGUGCCACGGGCAGACUGCCCCAGUGCCCUGUACAUGGCCUGGCUGAAUGCCCUGACCUGUGGGCUGCACUGCCCUGCUCUGCUCAUCCGAGGCAAUCAGCAAAAUGUGUUGACCUUCUACUGUCAGUGAGGGCCAGGGCAAUAGGGAAAGCUCUAGAGCUAACAAAGAGGUACGGCUGGCAAGGUAAAGAUUCCACCUCCUCCUGAAGGCUGCAGUAGGUCACCAUCAACUAUGAAUGAAGAACUGAAGCCAGCAUGCAACCUUUUGGCUGAAUCGAAGAGGACAAAGCCUGCAAAUUGACCUUAUAUUCAGCUGUCUGUACAGUAUUUUGGUUGUAAUUGCUUCAUGACCAACUCUUCUUUAGGUCUGCCUGGACUGUAUCACCAAUGAUACCACAUCACAGUAAUCGACCGGUUUGGAAUGAUAGUGAUGUUUUGUAGCAUUUCUGUUACUUUUGAUUAAAUGUCACUUGCUAAAAUGCAGUUUACAUCACAUUAUUGGAGAAAUUAUGCUUAUAUGGUCAUGAAAUCAUAUGAAAUAAAGUGGACAUUUUCACA